CCAAACCAAAACUCUCUCUCUCUCUCCAUAUAAUAUACUGGAACUCGAUUCUGGAGAAGCAUCAUCGGCUGUGUGUGUACCAGAAGCUUGGGAUCGAGCUGAAGGGCUAUAGCUCUAGCAGCAGGGAGAGAUCGGUCGAUAAAGCAUGAGAGGGUUCGAGAGGAGAGGCGUCCGGCAGUACAACCGGUCGGACGAGCCGCGGAUGCGGUGGACGGAGGAUCUGCACCGGCAGUUCAUCGAGGCCGUCGACUGCCUCGGCGGCCAGGACGAGGCAACGCCGAAGCGAAUUCUUCAGCUGAUGGGCGCCAAGGGUGUCAGCAUAUCUCACGUCAAGAGCCAUCUCCAGAUGUACAGAUCAAGCUCUAGCAACACCAACAGCAACGGUGGUCCACCCAAUGCGUCUGUGGAUCGCCGUCGGGGUCACCGUGCCGUCGACACAUCGUGGAAUGGCCAUGGGAACGACAUGGUGGCGGCUUCAGACAGAAUCGACGCUUCUUCUUGCACCGUGCCUCCCCACGGCCACCGCUCGUCGCCGCCGUACCAAAUACCGUCGAUCCAAGAGGUUUUCAGGAGCUGGGAGCAGAGUAGAGGGAGGCUGCCAUGGAACUCCAUCAUGCUAUCAGAGAAGGCGACCGGCUGGGCACGUCACGCUGACAGCAGAACACGUCAGAAGAAUCAGCAGCCGACGGCGGGAUGUGACCUGAAGCUGUCGAUCGGCCGGUGCGAGGAGGAGGCCAUGGUCGCCAGCAGCGACGCCGACGUCUCGAGCAUGACCACCGAGGAGUCUGCCGCCGUGCCGACGAGGGAUCCAGGAGCCGACGACCGCCGCCGCUCAGACACCGCUGGUCUGAACCUUGACCUGAACCUGGACCUCGCCAUCUCAUCUUCUUGGCUCUGAUGUGAUCGACGGCUCCCUGUGUAGAUAUAUAGAGAUGCAUCUUUGUAUGUAAAGUUACUCACAGCUCCCCAUAUAGCUAUCAUUUUACCAUAGAUCUUGUAGAGUAGUGUAGUUGUAGUAAAUGUGUGAGGUUUCUUGCUAGCC